AAUAUUUUUAUUUCUGUAAAGCAUUAAUUAUAUAUUGACAAUAUUAUUCCUAACCUAAUAUCUAUAAGUUUUUCAAUGCUCCAACUAAUUUCUCACAGUGCUUCAAUAAUUUCCAUUAAUUAAAAAGAAAUCGCCCAUCAGCGCUGUUACUAAUUACUAGGUUUUGCACCUAGCUGUCAUUUGCUGUCUACAUUUUGGCGCAUUAGCACACAACACCUACAAAAAAUUAACACGGCACAAGUGAAGAUGUCCGAAAUCAAUGGACGCCCGCAGCCAUUUUUGCAAAGCUUUAAUUCAAUUUAUUAUCUCUGCAAACUUUUAGGCGUUUAUCCAUAUGAUUUGCAAAAAUUCUAUUAUCAAGGCAUACUGCAGGGCUCACGCCUAGGCAGCUGCGUGGUGGUGACGGUAAUGUGCAUCACCUUCAUGCUCUUCAACUUAUCCAUAUUUACCUUUGGCGACGAACAGGUCACAGCAAAGAAUAAUCACCUAAGUAUUAUCGUCACAGUAGUGUUCACCUAUAUUACUCCCGCCACCAUGUUCACCGAUCAGAUAACCGCUAUACGUAAUCAAACGCGGCUACCUGAACUCUUCGAACGCAUCGACUAUGUCGACGAGGAUCUUCGGCAGUUGGGUAUUUCAGUGGAUAAUCGACGCGUGCAGCGCGGCAUUUGGCUGAUGAUCGCGUUCACUUUUUUCUGUGAAUUUUUUAUAUUUUUCUCUUCAAUCUGGUUUUUGCUUGACGAAUUGAAAUGGACCACAACGCUAUGGAUCUUUAUCUCGCUUCCAACAUUCUAUAACACACUAGAUAAAAUUUGGUUUCUAGGCAUUUUGUUGGGGUUGAGAGAUCGUUUUGACGCCAUUAAUGCAGAGCUGGAAAGGAUAGCAGAAGAUCUGGAGAAAGGACAGACACGGCAGCUGAAGGGUGAACUCUGUCAGAAUAACGAUUUGGUGCUGCAGACAUCACUGCCACUGCGCAUGGAACAGGUCGAGGAUAUCAAAUUGGAGCGUCUGGUGCGCAAUGCUUUCGGUGAUUUACUGCACGACCGCGAACCGAUUAAAAACUGCAUGCUCAGCAUAAGCCAUGAAAGCUCGCUUUGCACAUUCAAAGCUGUACAGGAACGUUUCAUAAGCUUAUGUCAGUUGCACGACAGCACUUGUAGGAUUGCCAAGUUGCUCAACGAACUUUGGUCGUAUCCAAUAUUGAUACUGAUGGCCUUCGGUUUUGUCAACGUUACAUCACAACUUUACUUUGUUUAUUGCGCUACGCAAAUUGACCAUACCAUCCCACUCGUUUUUCGCUCCGCCAAGGAGCGCUCCAUCUCGACCGUGUUUCUCACCUACAUCGGCGGCAAAUGCGUGUCGUUGAUGCUUUACAGCUGGAAGACGUCACAGGCAGCGCGUCGUGCCGGCAUUUGCCUGCAUAAGUGUGGCGUUGCCGCUGACACCAAUGAGGUUUAUGAAAUUGUUAAUCAUUUGUCAUUGAAGCUCUUGAAUCACGCCAUAAAUUUCUCGGCAUGUGGAUUUUUUGCGCUGGACAUGGGUACUUUAUAUGCGGUUUGUGGCGCAAUAACCAGUUAUCUGAUUAUACUUAUACAAUUCGAUAUGGCCGGGCAACAAGUGCGGAUUUCUAAGGAGUUGGCUGCUUCGAAUGAGACCACCGCCGUUGAGUUGAUAACUGAAAAUUACACCGUUAUGCCGAUGGCAUCAACAACGCCAUGGGAUUAGAUAUGAGAUGUAAAUUUAUAGAUUUUGAUAGAAAUGUAACUGAGUAUAUUAGCAUAUAUUGUAUAUUAUGGUUUAUAAUUCGGAUAU